GCUGAGCGAGGCCGCUUAGGGACGAGUGCGGAGCGAUGGCGCGCACGAAGCAGACGGCGCGUAAGUCGACGGGCGGGAAGGCGCCCCGCAAGCAGCUGGCCACCAAGGCGGCCCGCAAGAGCGCGCCGGCCACGGGCGGCGUGAAGAAGCCGCACCGGUACCGGCCCGGCACGGUGGCGCUGCGCGAGAUCCGGCGCUACCAGAAGUCGACGGAGCUGCUCAUCCGCAAGCUGCCCUUCCAGCGGCUGGUGCGCGAGAUCGCGCAGGACUUCAAGACCGACCUGCGCUUCCAGAGCUCGGCCGUCAUGGCGCUGCAGGAGGCGAGCGAGGCCUACCUGGUCGGGCUCUUCGAGGACACCAACCUCUGCGCCAUCCACGCCAAGCGCGUCACCAUCAUGCCCAAGGACAUCCAGCUGGCCCGGCGCAUCCGCGGCGAGCGCGCCUGAGCCUCCUCCCGCAGCCCUUCCCGGCUCCCGGCAGGCACCCAGGGCAGCCCACACAGACCCAAAGGCUCUUUUAAGAGCCACUCCAUGCGCAAUGAAAAGAGCUGAAGCGCUCUGCCUUUAAACAGCCACGACUUGAAAAUAACGUGGUCCUUUCAGCUUUUUUUUUUUUCCCCUACAAUGUAGCAUUUCAUUUUACAGACUGACCUGCACUUCUCAGAGCACAAUAAAAGGAGCUGUU